UGACGUCAGGAUGUAUAUAAACUAAGUGUAUUGACAUUAUAGGGUAUUAUUGUUCGAGACAUAAUUGCACAUGGUGGCAGCGCUGGGAUAUAUACAAAAUUAGCUAUUUAGAAAUAUGGCAGAAUCAAGCAACAACGACGAAGAAAAUAUUGUGCGAAGUUUUACAACGUAUCAAAUAACACCGCCGUCAAAGUUUAGCUUUCAAUCGUCGGAAUGGACCCGAUGGAUUCGCCGAUUUGAGCGGUUUAGAAUUGCUACAGAACUCGACAAGAAAGACGAAGAGAAACAAGUCAAUGCGCUUAUCUACACUAUGGGCGAUGAGGCAGACGAUAUAAUCACAUCGUUUGGCCUCAGCGACGAGGAGAUCAAAAGCUACGAAACAGUUCGAAACAAGUUCGAAAAUCACUUCAUCACUAAACGAAAUGUGAUUUUCGAAAGAGCGAAAUUUAAUGUUCGAGCUCAAGACGAAAACGAACCCGUGGAAAGCUUCAUUACCGACCUACAUUGCGUCGCCAAGUACUGUGAAUUUGGGGUACUGAAAGAUCAAUUGAUACGAGAUCGUAUCGUAGUUGGACUGCAAAACAAAAAACUAUCGGAGAAGUUACAAUUAGAUCCAAAUCUAACUCUAGAGAAAGCUAUGUCUCAAGCAAGACAAAGCGAGGAAAUCAAAAAGCAACAAAGUGUUAUUCACGGAGAAAAAGUCACAGGAAGUAACGAGCACAAUAUCGACAACAUAUCUAAGAAUAGAUAGCAACAACGUUCCCGUGAAGGU